AUGACGCCAACAAAUCUUGAAAAUAUAAUCGCUCGAGGUCAUUAUUUAAUUAUUAACAAAAACGAAACUUAUUUAAUUCAUCAAAUAUCGAACAAAGCCAUAUUGAAGUUGGGCCGCGAUGUCAUUGAUCUGAAAGCAGCUAUUGGACAACCAUUCUCAUCCACCUACAAACUAGAGCCAAUGCCAGAGAAAAAAAGACAUUACAGUCUGGUAAUAUGUAACGACAAUCAGGCGCGAAACCAAUGGUCAACAAAUGGUUGCGGCACGGAUAACAAACUCAUAACCGAUGACAGUUCAUCUCAGUUGCUGAGCACUGACGAAAUAAUAGCAUUGAAAGAAAGUGGAGAGAGCGGGCAGAAUAUUGUUGAACGAUUGUUAGAAAACAGCAAAACAUUUCAGCUAAAAACUGAAUAUGCUCAAGAAAAAUACUUGAAAAAAAAAGCCAGGAAAUACUGUGAUUAUUUAACUAUAUUUAAACCGUCAAUACGGCUUAUUACAGAUGUACUGUAUAAGCAACAAACACUUCCUAAGACUAUAGCUUUAAGGUUUGAUACAUUAGCUCAGAUAUUAUGCCGUGUGAAUUUGGAUCCUGGUGGUAAGUAUUUGCUGUAUGAGAAUGGAAGUCAAGGAUUAUUACAAGCGGCACUUCUUAACCAACUGCAUGAUAAUGGGUGCCUUGUACACAUAUUCUCUUCAACAUCUGAACAAAAUGCAUUGAGAGCCGUGAAGGCUAUGAAUUUUUCUGAAACUAAAAUAAAACAAAUGUUAACUGUAAGUUUAGAUGAAAUAUUGAAUACAAAACAUGAAGAUAAUAUACCAGCAGAAAAAGUUGAGGAAGAUGUAAUUAAUUGUUCGGACGAGAAAAAAAGAAAAAGUGAUGAAGCAUAUACACAAAUAAAGAAAAAACAUCGACCAAUAACUAGUACAGAUGGUUUAAAUUUUAUAAAAUCAAAUAAAUUUGAUGGGUUAAUUGUAGUCUGCAGAGAGGAACCAACAGAAUUUGUUAAGACACUUUUACCAUAUUUAUCUUUGUCAAGACCUUUUGUCAUUUAUUCAGCAUAUAGAGAAGUGUUAGUUACUAUUUAUGCUGAAUUUAAGAUGAGAAGAGACGUAGUGUUUCUUCGACUAACUGAUAAUUUUAUGAGAUAUCAUCAAGUCCUUCCAAAUAGAACACAUCCUGAUGUUACAAUGGACGAUGGAGGAGGUUUUUUGUUUUCUGGAUUAUUUGUUGCUGGUACUAAAUAA